AUGCGACAAGCACAUCUAUUAAACGAUUGGACAAAUUAUUCUCUGGUACCGACUAAAAUCUCGCUGCUAUGUAUAUGCGGCAUUGUAAUUUUAGCGACCACAAUAGAAGCACGUAAAAUUCGUGUCAGACCUCGACCACAAUCACUAGAAAAUGAGGAUAGUGGUGUUGCGGAGGAUAUACGAGCGGCACGUGUGCAAUAUUUUGCAGCCGAAGAUCCACAAGAAGAACAACAACAACGUAUCAUUCUAGUCUCCGAAGAUGAUUACAAUGGAUUAUAUGGUCAACCCCAAGUACAAGCACAAGCAAGAGCACUUCAAGAUAAUUACAUUCCUCAUUCUCGAAACGCACCAAAACCACAGCCCCAAGUAAUUGCACAACGUACAAAAGGAAGCACUGAUGCUCCAAAACAACCUCCCGUACAAACAAUUCGAAAUUAUAAUAAAGUAAAUGAUGAUGGGUCAUUCACUUUUGGCUAUGAAGCAGCUGAUGGUAGUUUUAAGGAAGAGACACGUGGUACAGAUUGUGUGGUACGUGGUAAAUAUGGAUACGUCGAUCCAGAUGGUAACAAACGUGAAUUCACUUACGUAUCUGGUAAUCCAUGUGAUCCAAAUGCAAUUAAUGAUGAAGAUUCCGAUGAACGUAGAGACAGUGGAAGUAAAAGCCAGCAAGAUGAUAGCGAUGCUGAUACCGAUGAUGGUCAAGCAAAUUAUCCUAAAGCUUUCCCUGUACGUCCUUUAAGGCCAUCUCCAUCAGCCCGUCCAACUCCAGUUCCAACAAGAGCCCCAGUAACCGUAUUCCAAAAUGUAUAUGCCCAAGGCAGUGAAGAAGAUGAAGAUGAACCUCUUCAAGUAUUACAACCGCAAACUCCACGACCACGUCUUCAACCAAGACCUACACCUCAAUAUAUUGCACGUCCUCAACCAAGUCCUACAUAUCAAAUUCAAACCGAAUCACCACGUCCAGCAUACCAUAUUCAGACAGAAUCAUCUCGCCCUUCAUACCAAAUUCAAUCACAACCAACCACACCUAGCGCGUUAACCUUCCAUCAUACUAAUUCCCCCGUAAAUAUUACGCCACGCCCAUCAACAGUGAAAGCACAAUUACCCGCUACGACAUAUCGUCCUCAAUUGGUAGCUGUGACUCCACGGCCAUCUCAAGCCGCCCUAUACACAACCAAAGAACUUGAACCAGCACAUAGACUUUUCCCAUCCUCUACUCCAACACCAAUCACAAGAACUCCAUCUGGAACAAUUGAUUUCCAAGCUGAAUUCGCCAAGUUUGCAGCCCAAGACAGUAAUGCUGUGGUUUCCACACCAAAAACACUUCUUAAAUCUUCAGAAAAAGUAAAACCAGCACCAUUCCAAGGUAGUGAACCAAUCUAUUCAUCAGAAUUAGUUUACGAUCCAUCUUCUGGUCAAUAUAAAACACAGCUCUAUCAAACAUUACCACAAACUACUGGUGACUUUUCACUCAGCCAUCGUAUUCAACCUUAUGUGCAUCAACAAGCUCAACAACCAUCACGAUUAGUGAGCUUGCAACAAUUACAACAACAAUCGCCGAUCUAUAGAACAAUCCCACAACAAUCUGCCAUACCACAACAGAGACCCCAACCUACUCAACAAUUAUAUCAACAGCAACAAGCUGAGCUACAAUUCCAAAAUUCACAACAAUUAUAUGCUCAACAACAACGUGCCCGAGCACAAGCAACACAACGACCCGCACCAGCACCGGUAUCCGUGCAACAACAACCACAACAAUUUUAUUAUCUUCAACCAAGUCCUCAAACUCAACAGCAUGCGCUAGCUCAAGGUCAAAUUGAAGCUUUCUUAAGGGGGCACAAUAUUGACUUUAAGUAGGAGUAUCCAAUUGUUUUUAGUUAAUAAG